AUGCCUCGCUCCAUGGCCCCUCCUCCGUCCGGCGAAUUUCUCGUCCGUCUGAUCAAGCCCUUCAAUGGCACACCCACCCACACCAUCGACAUCACCGGCGAACCCAACCGUUCUGCCAACAUCAAGCAGACUUUCCACCAUGGCAACACCAUCGAGGAGAAGGUCGGCACCAUGGCCUCUGACGACGUCCAGGAGUUGAUGCGCCUCAUCUCCCAACUCCGCGGAUUCCCUUCGCACGAGACCAAGGACGUGUACGGUCUUGACCAGAUCCUCGAGCUUCACACUCUCGAGAUCAACUGGUGCAACCAGGAGAGCGACCCUGCCGCCAACGAGAUUGCCGACAUUCCCUCAGAGACCAAACAGACCUUCAAGGACGUCGUUGACAGCAUCUCUGCUGCCGCUCGUCAGUUCGCCAAGGGUGACAACCCUCUUUAA